CCAAGAUGUUUGACAAGGCUAACUUUGACGAAGCCAAGUAUCUGAGCUGGGGGUGGGGGCCGUGAACGUGGCCUUCACUCUGGUGGCGUUCUUCCUGAUGGAGAGGGCGGGGCGUAGGAAACUGCUGUUGACUGGCUUCCUGUGUCUAGCUGUGUGCAACCUCUCCAUGACCGUCAUAGACUCAGUCCUGUUCCUUGUCCCAGAGCUGCGUAACCUGCAGGUGUUGGUCGUGUUCUUCCUGAUCUCAGCCUAUGAGGUGGGACCUGGCCCUAUUUCCUGGUUCAUCGCUGCAGAGCUGUUUGACCAGCCAGCCAGACCAAUCGCCAUGGCCUUCACCAGCAUGCUCAACUGGGGAGGGAAGUUCAUGCUGGCCCUGC